AUGGCAGGUUAUAUGGGGCUUGGUUUCAUGGCUGCCUUUGCAGUUUCAGGAAGUGUAGUUCUCAUUGCACGUCAAUUGCACAAACGUCUCCUCUCUGAUUUCAUGAAGCAGAUGGAAUUUGAAUUAGGGGGAUCAACGAGAUCGUGUCGAGACAAGAAGAGGGUGCGAUUUGCAGAUGAUGUAAUGGAGCCAUCAUCAAAUAACAAAGAGUAUCGGAAGAGACGCAUAAAGAUAACCAAAGGUAACAACCAGGUCUCGAAAAUGGAGGAUUAUCUAGUGGAGGAUAUUGUCCUAGACCAGAGUUAUGAUGGUGCACGAUUGUUAGAGACCAUGCCACUUAACAGGCAAACUUUGUAUAAAGAAAUCAUCAAGAGUAAAACCCUUAACCGGUAUAAUUUGUAA